CAUUUCCCCUCUCUUACAAUAAUGAACCGCCUCUCUCGUAUCCUCAUCCCAUUUGUGAUGUCCUUAAAAUCUCCAUCAAGUUAAAAUGUUCUCCGGUGAUCUUGCCUAUGUACGCCCAGCUACAGCGCACAAGCGUCGAAAUGUCAUGUCAAUCCCUCUACGUGACAUGAAACCUCUCAGAACACACGGGAGCCCAAUUGAGUGCUACACUCCGGAUGAGGACACGAGCCACAAAGAAAUCGCCGAGCGAAUGUUGCAUCAGGGAAACCGCUUGACAAGAAAUCAAGAGGCAACAAUAUACACACUGAAAGCUCAGUUGCACGACAACGCCUUGUCUACAGCCUAAACGCCCCCUGCUACGCAGGCUUUUUCUUGCGGCCUUCCAGACACAUGCUUCUAUUCGUUCAUCUUCAACAUUCGCAAAGUUCUUCGAUCUGUAUUAUGGGGCUGUUACCGGAAAUCCUCUCUGUUUGUCUUCAAACUGUUACACUCUCUGCGGCCCGGUUCCUUUCAAUCACAUGGUUGACAAAGCCAGUGGGCAAUUGUGAGAGGAUAUCAUAAGGGGAAACGGAAGCAUUAAGAAGUUUCCGUUCUUCAACCCUUCGAUAGUAGAGCUAUACGUCAAUAGGCAGAAGUUGAAGCACCUGGUGCUAAACACCAGUCCCUUUAUAAUAUUGGACGUCAACAGGUGGUUGUUUUGUAUAUAUCAGUUUCCAGGAACUUAUACCCACAACGAAGACUCGAAGCUUGUCAUUGAAAAUACAUUAAAGUGCCUUUUCAAUAUUAUACGGGUUGAUGGUCACCUACCCUCCAAUUCGCGUCAUUGGUCUGCUUUUUCAACAGAUUCAACACGCAAAUGGAUACACCAAAUCUCUCAUACGUUAACAUGGUUUCGAUAUGUGCCUCCGAAGUCCUGGUUCUUCUUGAAAUCAGCUAUCGAUUGGAUGUAAUGGGGGACACACGUUCCAUGAAGAAGUUAAGGGAGUUGGCUGUGAUAGAAUCCACUGGAUGCAGUAUUAGUUUUAGGUUCUUCACAAUGGGAAGACUCUUGAGCGGUGUGCCAGCAGCUGCCUUGUCCUGAGGGAGCAAGCAACUUCUGACCUUUAAGUAAGGCACCA